AUGUCCGCGUCCGCAAAGAGAAGACUCGCAGCCCUUUCCGAGCAACUUGUGAAACCAAUUGGAGAUCAGGGAACCUUUGAAAAUAUUCCGAUUCUCAAGAAAAUCGCGCCAGAUUCAACAGGCCCGAGAGUGAAAGGCAAAGUAGUCAUUGUGACAGGAACCAAUAGUCCCUUGGGAAUCGGACGAGCAUCAGCACAUCAGUUUGCACAGAAUGGCGCAAGAGCUGUAUACAUAUGCGAUUACAACGAUUCAAAUCUCGAAACGCAUAAACGGGAACUUGCAUCAUUAUACCCAGAUGUCGAAGUACACACGUGGAAGUUUGAUGCGGCGGAUGAACAAUCUGUGAAGGAAGUUAUUGAUCAUGCGGUAAAGACAUAUGGGAGAUUGGAUGUCUUCUUUGCAAAUGCGGGUGUAGUAGGCACAAAUAGAAUAUUUACAGAUAUUUCUGCAGAUGAAGUUUUGUCUACUUUGCGGACAAAUGUCGUCAGUGUAGCAAUGGCAGCCAAAUAUUCAGCACCGGCCAUGAUGCUAACAUCAUCGAAUAAACAAUACCCUUCCGGUAGUAUAAUAGCCACAGCUUCAGUCGCCGGUCUCCGUUCCAAUGCCGGUUCUAGCGACUACUCUGCCUCUAAAGCCGCCGUGAUAUCAUUAGCUCAAACAAUAUCCUAUCAGCUAGCAGGCACGGGAAUUCGCGUCAAUGCCAUCUGUCCUGGCGUCAUUGAAACAGGUAUGACUGCACCAAUGUAUGAAGCUGCAAGAGCUAGAGGCUCGGAAAAGAAAAUUGGUCAAUUGAAUCCGCUGGGAAGAGGUGCGCACGCGGAUGAAGUUGCGAGGGUAGCGUUAUUCUUGGGGAGUGAGGAAAGUAGUUAUGUGAAUGGUCAGGCUUGGGCUGUAGAUGGCGGUCUUAGUGCUGGACAUCCCUUUGUUCCGGGAAAGUUGGGUUGA